CACUCAAGUAACGGCAAAACUGCAGCAAACUACCCUACUAUCAAGCACCAAAAUGAUGUUUGGCAUCUAUCCAAAUGGGUGACAAAGAAGCUGUCAAAAAAAGCGAAACUCAAGUCAAAUAAAGAUCUAGAGUCUUGGAUUAAAUCGAUCAACAAUCAUUUAUGGUGGAGUGUGCAAACCUGUAACCAAGACCCCAAAGUUCUUGUUAGUAACUGGGUGUCGAUCACCAACCAUAUUUGUGACAAACAUACCUGGAAAGAAGGUAAAACCACUGUAUCUUGCAAGCAUCAGAAGCUAUCUAGACGAGAACGCAAAGAAAUUAAUUGGUUAAAGCCAGGGUCACCUGCUCACGUAGCACUAGAAGAAGUCAUCUGUAAUCAGAAGUUUCUAAAGGACAUUGUUAAGCUUACUGAAUGUCAUCACACUGGAAAUCUGGAAGUUUUCCAUUCUCUACUACUAAAGUAUGCACSCARGAGAAAGCACUUCUCAUACCAGGGAAUGGUUGGCAGAACCCAACUGGCCAUUAUUGAUCAUAACAACAACAGCAAUCGAGAACAAGCAAUUACUAAGAAAGGAGAAGGCCGAUAUCUUGUGGUUUUUCCAAAGACAAGAAAAACCUGGGUCGUUAAGCCAGUGCUAACACAGAUGUCAUAUUCAUUUGUAAACGUCAUGGUGGAUGAGAUAGCUGAAUGUCACAAGAAUAAGAAAACACUGCCAAAAAUACAAGUACCUGAACACAUUCCAAAGAACAUCGCCACUGUCGAAAGACUACCAAAGGAGGAAGUCGUGAAGAAGCAUAUAUCUCGAAUGAUCAAAAAGAAAAAGGAAAAAUCUCAAUCUAAUGCAGAAUCCCACAAGACUAACAAAACACUAUCAAAAACACAUGUACCUGAACAUAUUUCAAAGGAGGUUGCAACCAUAGAACCACCAAAAGAGAAAAUUAGCAAUCUAACGACAAAAAAGAGAAAA